AUGAGGGAGACAGUUUCUGACAAAGUGCAUGAGGUCUAUAUCAUAAAGCCAGAUGCUUUCUGGGAAAAACGACGCUCUGGAACUGGACUCAAAAAAGAGCAGUCAAGUGUUGUGUUUGAGGUUAUUGACUGGGUCCUUGGACCAGGAGAAUCUUACUUGUCGACCUCAAAUGAUAUUGGAGACUCUGUCAUCACAUGUGAGGUUUUGAGGAGAGAACAUGAAGAAUUCGAGCUCUCUGCAAGGGAGGUUAUCAACCACUUCGCUCAAGUGCGUGAACUGGCCAAAAAAAUGCUGCAAGAAAAUCACUAUGCUUCCAAAGACAUUAAAACUCAGAAAGAAUUUCUGGACAGAGGUUGUCGAAGUUUUGCCAUGCGCAUGAACAGAAGAAGAGAUGUCAUUCUGACGUCGCUGAAAUUCCACAAAAGUGCAGGGGAGGUGAGGGGAAGUUUUGAUCUUACUACUUGAAAGAUUUUGCUAAAUUUUUUUUCUUCAAAAGGAGCUAUAAGAAACUAAAUUUUUAGUUUUCUCUUCAUAGUUAGGGAACAAGCGCCACUUGAUGGCGAAUGCAGACCUGUGAAACAGUCUAAAAUUGAUCACAAUUGUAGUUUA